CGAGAGAUCGUACUCAUCAGAUGACGAGUUUUUGUUCAUUCUGCACAUGUUUGGUUUGAUUGGCUCGAACAUAUUUCGUAACCAAGAAUAAUGCGCAUGCACAUUUACAAUCUUCGUGGCGCCUAGCGUGUGCACUUGGCGGGCACAAAGUUCUAUAAAUUUUGUUAUAUGAAAUCUGGAUAUUUCAGUCUUCCUGAAUUUCGCAAUUUAAAAGUUUGAGACAUUUUGAACAUUGGGACAUUUCGUGUUGCAAAGUAAUCGUUUAGUCGGCAAUAUAACAAGAGUACGUGUCACUACACGUACUACCAUAUUUUUGUCCACCGUGUAUAUAUUAGACGCAUUGGGAAACGCGUGUAGUGGGGUCAGUUAUAUUAUUGGUAGGAACUUAUUGAAAUUAGCUGCGUUGCGCAAAUUGAAUACGAUCUCUCGUGGAACGAAUGGUAAAAUAUGAUUGGUCUGCUUCGGAAAUCAAAAUUGGUAUAUUUUGUAUAGUUAUUUGGAAGUACCUGAUGGUCACAUGGACAUCCUCUUCAUAAAUUUGUAUAAAAAUGUUUGAAGCUAAUUUAUUACAGAAAACAAUGAAAUGUAAAUCUAUAAAGAAAUAGCAAUGUGUAUUUUUUAAUUGUAGUUUUAAUAUACAGAUAGAUGUAACUUUUAUACAAUAUAUCUAGAUCCGAUAGUUUAAUGAAUGAAGUUAUUUAUGUGGAGCUGACUGUGUGCUUGUUGAAUGUUUUAUCUAAUAAAUAUCAACAUGUCACUGAUUUGCAGAAAAUUAUGUUCUUCUAUUUUGUAUGAACAUUUUGGCCAAAUUGUUCAGUCUGUAGGUGAAGAUUUAUUGAAAUAUGGUACGAAAUCAUUGGGUUUAAUCCGUUAUACAACAAAGUUACCACUAACAAAGAUAAAAGAAGCACUGUGUGUUUUAAUAAAAUAUGGGAUCGUCACACAUCAUCGAAAUGAAAAAGGAGUGGAAUAUUCUUUAAAUUAUGAAAAAAUCUUAAUGAUUCUUCGUUAUCCAAGGUAUAUGUUCUUUGUAAAAACAGUUUGUGGAGAUGAAUCUGAAAUGAUGUUAGAAGAAGUUUUAAAAUGUGGGUACAUAACAGCUUCUGACCUUAUAAUAAAGACGUAUAAAAAAAUUGAACAAUCACCAUCCGAAUUACAAGCCUCUGUACCUGUUUUAAAAGACAAAUUUGACUUAUUAAUAAAAGACCAGUUUUUGAUACGUAGUUUAUAUACAGAAUCAGUUGAAGAGGCAGCUCCUAUUAAGCCAGAUUUUAUGAUACCUGAUUUAAAUUUAACUGCAAUCACUAAAAAGAUAGGAGGGGCAAAUGCUGAUUGUGGGGAUGAUAAAAUUUAUUGGGAAGUUAAUUUUGACCGGUUUACUCAAGAUCUUAGGGAUCAAAUUAUUGUAUCAGCUAUGCACAAAAGAUUGGAUGAAAAUGCGGGUGAAUUGAUGAGACAGUUAUUAUUCCUCAUGUACUUGCGAACAGCAUCAUGGGCGGAUACGUCGAAUCCGAUUCCUCUCACAGAGAUAAAGGAUGCUGUCAAAAAAAUCAAUUAUCCUUCGCUUACACAGUAUCUUGACCAAUAUUUACGUCUCAUUGAGGAGGAUAGUAGUCAGUUUGUAAAGAGAGUUGGAGACUCAGGAGGUGGGCAAUAUAGCAUUAAUAUGAAAGAAGCUUUCAGUCAGCUAGCAUGGACAACUUUAGAAAAUAUUGUGAUGGAAAGAUUUGGUUCUAAAGCAGCAAGAAUUUUCAGGUUAGUACGCGAUAGGAAGUAUAUUGAACAAGAACGAAUUCAACAAUUAGCCAUGAUUCCAGCAAAAGAAGCCAAACACUUGACAUACACUUUGCUGCAAGAGAAUUAUUUACAAAUGCAAGAGCUAAAGAAACCUGGGGUGUCGACUGCGCCGAUAAAAACUUUUUUCCUGUUUCACAUAGACUUAAACAUGGUUGUUCGUAUGGAAGUAGAACAUUGCUACCAUGCAUUGUACAAUACUAUGCAAAGACGGGAAUACGAAAUAAGCAGCAAUAAGCGAAUGAUCGAUAAACAGUUACGAAUGCAGACUCUUACGAGUAAUUUGAAAGAACACGGUGCUACUGAGGAACAAUUAGCCGAGAUUGCAGAGCUGAUGACACCGUCAGAGAAACAACAAUUAGAAAAAGUUCAAAAUACAAUUAAGAAAUUAGGCAUCAUUGAAUUGCAGAUAGACGAUACUCUAUUUCUGUUAACAAUGUAUUUACGGUAUCACAAAUUAAACGCGCGCCCUAACGAAAAAACAAAUACAUAAUGUUUCGUUCA